AUGGCCAAGAACAAUCCACGUCCGAUCAUUUUUGCUCUUUCAAACCCGACCAGCAAAUCGGAGUGCACAGCAGAGGACGCCUACAACUAUACUAGUGGUACGGCGCUGUUUGCGUCCGGUUCUCCUUUCGAUGAUGUGGAGUUAAACGGGAAGGUAUACAAGCCUGGUCAGGGCAACAAUUCGUACAUAUUCCCCGGUGUGGCACUGGGUGCUAUACUCUUCAAAGCAAAACACAUUCCUGACAAAGCGUUCCUUAUUGCAGCUAGGCGAGUUGCUGCAUCGGUAACCGAGAAAUCACUGAAUGAAUUCUCUCGACUUUACCCGAGGCUCGAAGACAUCCGCGAACUGUCCGUGAUGAUUGCGCUCGAUAUUGGUAAACAUCUCUAUGAGAACAAUCUCGCCACGCUUCAUCCUGAACCUGAGGACAAGGAAAUGUUAUUCCGUUCAGCAGAUCUCUGA